AUGUCAGGCCCGAGAUCUGUUGGAUGGAGAACACUGAAUUUGUUUAAAGGUGUAUCGUUCAUCAAUUCUGUCAUCAUUUAUUCACCUUCGUGUCAUUCAAAACCUGUAUAUGACUCUUUCAACUGUGGAACACAAAAGAAGAUAUUUUGAGAAAUGUCUCGGUGGUUUUGUGUUCAUACAGUGGAAGUCAAUGGGGAUCAAUGUUGUUUGGUUAUCAACAUUCUUUAAAAUAUCUUCUUUUGUGUUCAGUAGAAGAAAAGUUUGACACGACAUGAGGGUGAUUAAGUAGGCCUAAUGGAAGAAGUUUAAGUUUAUGAGCGAACUGUCGCUUUAAUAAUAUGUCUGUCGUAAUGGUGUGAUGGGUUUUCUCUGGUUGAGGCCUGCAUCAGUAAUCUCGCUGACGGAAAACAAUGGAUCCACUGAGCAGUGUUUGUGCGGUGGGCGGAGUCACAGGUUACAAAUACUGCCCCUGAAAACCAUCAUCCACUUCAUCUGGACCCCCAUCAUACCUGCAUCUCAACACGUACAGGAGACACGAUGAGUCCAAAACACAUUAUUUACAAGAAACUCUCUCGGGACAAAUCCGUCGGUGUGUACAUGGGCAAGCGGGAUUUUGUGGACCACUGCGACUUUGUUGAUCCUGUUGAUGGAGUGGUGUUGAUCGACCCAGAGCAGGUGAAAGGAAAGAAAGUGUACGUCAUGUUGUCCUGUACGUUCCGCUAUGGACGUGAUGAUAUGGACGUGUUGGGAAUGGCCUUCCGGAGGGACAUCUUCCUGUGCACGCGACAGGUUUAUCCUCCUCUCCAGGAUAAAGAACGCUGCAUCCACACCAAACUCCAAGAGAAGAUCCUGCGCAAGCUCGGAGACGACGCGUACCCCUUCUUCUUCGAGUUUCCGGAUAAUCUUCCGUGUUCUGUGGCUCUGCAGCCAGCUCCGUCAGACGUGGGGAAGCAUUGUGCCGUGGAGUUCGAAGUCAAAGCGUUCUGUGCAGAAAAUCAAGAUGAAAAAGCCCAGAAGAGGAGUUCAGUGCAUUUGGCAAUCAGAAAGAUUCAGUACGCUCCAGAUACAGGUGGGCCGGCUCCAUCAGGCGAGACCACCUGUGAAUUUGUGAUGUCUGAUAAGCCGCUGCACAUGCGUGUCAGUCUGGAGAAAGAGCUUUAUUAUCACGGAGAACCCAUCAACAUCAGCGUGGACAUUGAUAACAGUUCCAACAGGAAUGUGAAGGAUGUCUCAGUCGCAGUGGAGCAGAUCACUAAUGUGGUGCUUUACUCAAAUGACAAAUACAUAAAAACUGUGGCUUAUGAAGAAACCACAGACUCUGUGCCGUCUGGGACCAGUCUGAAGAAAGUUUACACUCUCUCUCCUCUGUUGCAUGAUACCCGUGAGAGACGCGGUUUGGCUCUAGAUGGGAAACUGAAGCACGAGGACACUAAUCUGGCUUCCUCCAGCAUUGUAAAAGAUGAAGUUCUGAAGGAAAUUUUGGGCAUGCUGGUAUCUUACCGAGUCGUUGUGAAGUGUAACACAUCAGGCAUGGUGGGGUCCAGUGAAGUUGCCGUGGAGGUUCCAUUCAAACUCAUGCAUUCCAAACCUGAUCCAGGUGAGCUUCAGUUUCAGAUCUGUGAUUUAUAUAGAAGCACACGAGACUCGCCUCAAUUGAUUACAGUUGUUUGUGUGUGCUUGUUUUACAAUAUAUGUCUCUAAAUAGUACGUGACACACACAUAUUGGGUAAAACUUUUGCCAAGUUUCAUCCGUCUCAGAUAUUUCUCUUGAGGAAAAAGAGUCCGAAAUCUGACAGAUAUGUCUGUCAUUAGAGUAUCAGAAGAGAUCUCAACAAUGGCUCAAAUUUAACACAAAAUACAAUAUUAUUGAAGAUCUCAAUAUGAACUCAAACAUUUCUCAUCAAAUUUACCCAAAUCCAGAUUAUUUUACCUCAACAAUUUAUUUUACACCUUCAACAAUUACAUUCUCAUUUGAGUCCAGACUGAAAAUCUGGGCAAAAUCUGAGCAAAAGUCUUGUAGUGUAUUUUAGCCUUAAAUUGAUUUUUAAAUGAACACAACCGAGAACUCCAUUAAAUCUCCUGAACAAUGAAAGAGGAAACUCUGAGCAAUAACAUUCUCCAGUGAGCGUUUAUGAUCAACAUUUCUUUCAACCCAUCCAUCAAAUGGGCAUGGACUUGUCGCAGUGCAUUCUGGGAUUGCUUUCUCUGUGGAAUUUGGCCAAACAUGAGUAUCUUAGAAGACGCGUGCCUUUAAAUAACACGUCAGAAAUGUGCUUUCAUGAUGCUGUCUCUACGCAGCUCUACACGAUUUAGAACAGAGAUAAUGAAGUCUUUGACAAUAAUGAAACGUCUCUUUCUUUUCUUUUUUCUCUCUCUCUUACUCUUCCAUGUAAAGAGAGGUAAGCUGCUUGUUUUGCGGUAUAUCUUCCCCAUCAGGGUGUAUACGGUUAUAAAUUCUGUAGAGAUUUGAUCUUGUGCUAUAUGUGCUGUUAUGCAAUACCCCGUCUAUAGAUAUAGAUGUGUCAUGUGUAUCUCGGUUCACUUGUGUGUCUUUAGACCGCGAACACGCACACACACUCGAGAGAUGACAAACGAUCCGCGUUCGGCUCUGGGAAGUAAGAUUCGAGAGAUGAGGAACGAGGAUAUCGGUGUCCCAUCUAAAUCCGAUCCCGUCUCUUGUGUCGAGCCCCAGUUUAGCAUUGUCCUCUCAGUGAAUGUGUUGUUGGCUUUCAAUAGAAACGCUAUUGACAUCAGAGCAGGCGUGUGUGUGUGUUUCUGUCACACAACACCUUUGUUCCUGUGUUUUAACUGACUGACCUCUGUGAUGUUAUCACCGCUCGUGUUGAUUGAGUUUCUGUUUCGUGUCUUUGUAUGGUUCUUAUGCGUGUUUGUGUGUGUUUAGUGAAGACACAACUGACCUUGUGUUUGAGGAGUUUAAACGCUCCUAUCUGAAAGGGAUCAUCGGGGAAGAUGACGACUCUUCAGCCGAGCCUUGAAAACCUUCGCCAUCGCUCGUGGACGACUCGCGUAGGCAGACUCUUGCUUAUAAAGAAGCAUAAACGUAUAUGGAUAUAUAUUGAGGUUUUGUUAUUUGUUUUAAUGUAAAAGGACAGGCAGCUGAGAAAUAUGACUGCACGGACAGUAUUCACAGUGUGUGAUGGAUGAAUGAAGGUUUUUGUUGAAACGCUUCUAGAAUGUAAACAUUUUAAAUCAUGUGUGCAGUUAGCUGUAUUAACAAAUGUGUUGUAUUGUCGCAAAUGCACGAAGUGUAUAGUUUGCAGUGUAUAUUUUUUAAAGAGGCUAUUUCUGUUUAUUCUGUAAAUGUUUAAACUUAUAAAUAAAACAUGAGUGACUGCAA